AUGAAGACUAACAGCUUUCACUUUUUGAAGGUAUCUGGAAUCGAGUAUUCACUCCCGUUGUUAGAGCCUGAAAGCAGUUUCCGACAUGUUACUGGGUCCAAAGUAGUUCAAUCGUGUUCAUUAAUAGAGACAAACACCUCGUUAAUUCGACGGACCAAUGAUGAUUUAUUGAGCGAGGUCGUGAAUAAAAAUAUCUCGUAUUGUCAACUUUCUCCAACUGUAGUAAGUACCAAUAGUGAGUACACACAUAAUGUGAAGACGACGGAACAGACCAAAGCGCAAAAUUAUCUGACUGAAUAUUCUCAUGCGAGUGAAACGAUAUCAACAGUUACUGACAGUGAAGGCAAUUCGCAUGAUGAUUUGUUAUCAGAUGGUACCGAUCGGGUAAUAGCAACUGGACGUAGUUCGGAUGAAAUCAAACGAAAGCAACGUCAAAGUGUUUCCUCGUUAUGUAAACAAAGCUCCUCCGUUACCCAGUCAUCUCACGCAAGCAAUAUAUUUUCAACUAAAAUUUUAGAAAAGUUGUUAAAUAGUUCCGAAGAAGGCAAGGACAUUUUAAAGUGUGCUAUAAAAACUGAGCUUUCUGAAGCUAAACAGCUUGAACUUUCCAGCAUCAUAGCAAAGCAUCACAUAAACAGUAAAAAUAAGUUAUUAACUGAGGAUCUCCGAACAUAUGCUCUGGCUGUUACGUCGUUAUUUAAGUUUGAACGAUCGGAGAAUUACUUCAUUCCAAGGGAUGGAGAUAGAAAAAAUCAUGGUGGAAAGAUAGCCAACAAGAUUGGCAAUCUGAAACAAAGAAAACGGAAGCGAGAAACGAAGGAAAACGAAUAUCAAGUAACCAAACGAACACUAAUUGAUCCUCAAAAUAAGCAAAACGAGGAUGCUGAAGAUGCUGCUGAAUGGUUGAAGCUCAACAGUGAACCUUGGACUGUAGUUCUUGAUCAGUGGAAAAUUAGCUAUGCUGUUCGUAAAAGAGACUUGCUGUCCCGUAAACGAAUCCCUCAUUUAUUUAAGACAUAUCCGCAAUACAAGCUUCAGCAUGGAUUUCAACUGAUUGAUAUUGAUUUUCAAAAAUCUUUUCCCGAAUCGAAAAACGGAUUGAUGCAAUUACCAUACUUAAUACCACGAAUUGCAGCAUAUAUUUCCAAGAAAGCCUGCGACCCUUCUGCUGUGUAUCUACUGGAACGAUUAACUGAUGACGACGCAAAUAACGAUAAGAAAAUAUGCGCACUUUUACUGGCAUUAAAUACCGUACUGUCACCAAUUUCGGUAGCAUCUCGUUUCGAACCCACCAUUUUAGUUGGACAAGAGGAUACGUUGAUUUUCGUCGGUUCAAAAGAGCAAGCUCAAUUGAAAAUUCAAGAAAUAUAUCAAAGCUAUGCUGAACUAAAUAUCCCAAUCGUUCCAAAAUUAUUUGCAGUGGGAGAAAGCUUGGACAAUCUGCAGGGAACUUUUAUAGUCGGGUACGAUGAUCUGUGUUAUGAAUUUCCAUCAAUAUUAAGAGCAGUUGAUGUACUAAUUAAACUGACCGCUGUUCUUGGACUGCCGUUUUCUAAAAUUUCUAAGCUCGUUUGGCACUUCCUUAGCAGUUAUAUUUACGGAUUAAAGCAACGAGAAACUUAUGCGUCCAUCAUUAAACUCAAAACUUAUCUGGAGCCGAAUAUAAACGAGUAGUAAACAGUGAUCAUGAUUCCUUGCAUGAUAUUAGGAUGCACAAUCCUUUCUACAAGUCCGAGUGAAUACCUGACACAUCUUAAGGAGGUUCAUCGUGUUCCGUCCAUAUAUCAGUACAAAUGUACAAUAGCAGGAUGUCGUCAAGUUUUUUCCAAAAUAUAUCCAUUCAAAAAACAUAUUAGCCAUCAUUCUGGAUUCGAGAAUAAAAGCAACAUGGAACUUGCUAAUGUAAACAAUAAUCGAACAUCGCUGGAACAUCUGUCUGCAUUAUCAGUUACAACGAGUUCAUCGUCAUAUGAUCCUGAGACUUGUUCGUCGAAAAUAAGGCGUAUUGAAAGAAGUGAUGAUCAAUCAUUUAAUUUAAAUGAAAAUUUGAUCAAUACUCUUGACCAAAUGGCAAUAAAACUUACUCUCUACAUGCACAAACAAAACAAUUUUACCCGAAAAGAUGUAUAUAUGAUUCAAACUGAAAUAAGCAGCAUGUUUUCUGAAAUCGCAAGUAUGUUAGAAAUGUUCAAAAAACACAUUAUUCACCCAGAGAAUAGUUUUGAAUAUCAAAACCAAAUUGAUAAGAUGAAAACCAUAUUUGAGUUUAUAAAUACAGAUCAUAAGUUUUUCAAGUAUUUAAGGAAUAGCUUGAAGUUCGAAUUACCAACAAUAGUUACAAUAGGAAAAAAUCAUGACAUCUCUUCUAAAUUACUUGACAUUGAAAAAGAUAAAAAUUUAGAUCAGGCUAAUAAUUAUUUGAUUAUCAUGCCAUUAGAAUUUCAAAUCAAAUCUUAUUUUGAAUGCGAAAAUAUAUUAAAAUCCACGUUACAAAAUACAGACAAGCUGUUAAAAUCCUCCGAAAUAAUAAAUUAUGUAAACGGUAGCACAUGGAAAACGAUAGUAAAAAAAUAUGAAAACGAAUACGUGCUUCCAAUAUGGUUAUAUUCUGAUGAAUAUGAAAUUAAUGACUCACAAAGCUCACACAGUAAUAGGCACAGUAUUUGCGGAAUUUUUUUACAGAUUCCCUACAAUACCUAAGGAAUUCCAAUCAAGAUUAUGUAAUAUUUUUGUGGCGGGAAUGGUGAAAAAAUCAGAUAUUAAGGUUGUAGGGAUGAAUAAACUUAUGCACGCCAUUAUGCAUAGAUUUAAACGAAUAGAAACUGAUGGAAUUAAUAUAAAUCUCGACGACGGAACAAUACUUGUAAGAUUUGUGUUAUGUUUAAUACAAGGUGACAAUUUGGGUGUGCAUUCUUUGCUAUUGUUCAGUAGUGGAUUCAACGCUACAUUUUCAUGUAGAUUUUGCAAGCGACCAAAAGUUUUAUUAAAAGUUGAUUGUCAAGAGCAUGCUGAUUGUCUCCGUCGCCGACAGGACUACGCUUUAGAUUUAGAAUUAGGACAACCUAGUGAAACAGGAAUAUAUGGGAACUCAAUCUUCAACGA